AUGGAAGAAUUAUAUUUCGAGAAGAAGCGCAACAUCAAAAGAAGAUUAAUGGAGAUGAGUAGUAGUAGUAGUAGUAAUCAAGUCGGAGCAGAAGUGAGAAGGCUUCACGUCAUUUAUUUCCUUAGUCGAAAAGGUCGAAUUGAACAUCCUCAUCUCAUCCGUGUUCAUCAUCUCUCCAGAAAUGGUGUGCAUUUGCGAGAUGUUAAGAGAUGGCUGGCAGAGUUGCGGGGAAAAGACAUGCCGGAAUCCUUUGCCUGGUCUUACAAAAGAAGGUACAGGAGCGGAUAUGUGUGGCAAGACUUGCUAGAUGAGGAUCUCAUUACUCCAAUCUCGGACAACGAAUACGUCCUCAAAGGAUCCGAAAUUUCUUCCUCCUCUCCUAAAGAAGAAGCCAAUAUGGGAAAGAAAUAUUCAAUGCAAAAAGGGGAAGACAACGGUACUGAUAUUCGUUCACCCUCAUUCCAAGAAGAGCAUCAAGAUCAUCACCAUCAAGAAAAUAAAAGACAACAAGAAUCAACAAAGAUGUCAUCCCCAGAAAUCAUCGAGGAAGAAUCACAUACAUUCGGUUCGGAUAAAUCAUCAACACUGACUGAAGACUAUGUUGAUCAUCAGGAAGAAAAACAGUCAUCAAGAUCAUCGUGUGAAAUAUCUUCCAAACAAGAAAUACAUGAAGAGGAGGAAGAGGAGGAGGUUGUGAAAGUUGAGAAGCCGCCUUCGUUGCAUCCGAGGAAACGGAGCAACAAGAAGGCCACUAACACCGAUGUUUCAUUCGAGGAAAAAACUACCACUAGUACUCCCUCUGCAGCAACACCAGCAUCGCAGCCUUCAUUUUCUAAGAGCAAGUCAAAUGGAGGGUCUCUAUUUAGGAACUUGAUCACUUGUGGCGCCAUUGACACGAAUGAUUCGGCCAUGGUCACAGUGAAUCGGCGAAACAAAACUUCAAUGAAUGAUGAGGACAGUACUAGUUUUUCCAAGGAGUUGCUGCUUAAAGGAGAUAAGUUGGGAGGGUCUCAAAGGGUGUCAUCCGCGACUAAUUGGCUCCAAACAAAACAAUCUAGUGGCAGGAAGAGCUUUGAUGGUGUGAGGGCUUCACCAAAGAAAAAGCACGAUUACGGUACCCCAAAGGCUGUCAAUCCUGCUUACAAGCCAAUCUAUGGACCCCAAUGCUCACAAUGCGGGAAGCCAUUUAAGCCAGAGAAAAUGCAUGCUCAUAUGAAAUCCUGCAAAGGAAUGAAGGCCUGGACAAGGUACAGUGGCACUGGAAUUUCUGCUGCUGCAGAGAAGGCUGUAAAAACAUCAGCAGAAUCUCAAAACAACUUGAUUCCAGGGCACAGUUUUUCUCAUUCAUUAGACUUCAGACAUUAA